AUGUUAGACGACGAAAUUAUCUGCCUGGGCUCAACGAUUGGGCCCAUUGCCACAGGUCCCAAUUCUAUCCCGUCUGCGCAGCGCUCAGUAACGGGUGAGAGAUACCACCAUCUCUCAGAUGAGGCUCUCCUGACCUAUCCUUCUGCUUGCGCUGUAGGUGUGACUCUGCAUAUUGAGAAACAAGGUGCAAACGAUGCAGGAUACCGGAUGCUUUUCAGAAAGGCCAACACUAGCGUUGUGCAUAUCGGUCGUCGUUCCGGACUUGAGGCGGACACGAGCUUUGCACGAUCCAAAGAUCAUGAGCAAGGAAGUGCCAUGUUUAGAUGUGCUGUGGUCAGUAGGAGGCAUGCAAAGAUCGCUUUCUCUGAUAGUGGCCAUGCAUAUCUCAUCGAUCUAGGCUCCCAUCAUGGAACACACAUUCGCAAGGCCGGAGAAAAAUUCUCUAGGACAAUCAAGCCAGAGACCUCUACCCUCCUUGGUGAUGGUGAUAUAGUCACCUUUGGGAAGUCCGUGGGUAAAGGGGAAGAGAUGGUCAAGCCCAUCGUUGCUCGUAUCGAACUCAUUCAUGCCGGGCAUGUUACGAGCAAGAUGCCAUUCAAUCCUCUAGUUGUUCCGCCCACAAAUUCUCCGGUCUUGUCAGGGAGAUCUGUCUCCAAACCUUCGACUUCAGGUCGUUACGGGGUUCAUACAUCGUCCUCAUCAUCAGAUGAGUCAUAUUCCUCCCAUUCGGGAAUGUAUUCCGACAUCGAAGAAAUCCCUCCACCCAAGACCAACUUGAAUCCAUCGGUCUCUUUGAAUGACAAUUCUACUACUAACAAGGAUGCCUCUGACAACACUGAUAACACCAUUCACAACGACGAUUCCGGAUCGAAGGGUCCAGGGAAUUCUUCUAACCCUCGCUCACUUGGACAAGCACUAAAUGUUUUGAAGCGAUUCUUACCUCCAUCCCAGCAAUCCUCUACUCCACGACUCCUUCCAUCUGUGUCAGAGAUUGUGGAGAGACCAUUUGCGCACAUGUCAAGUUUUCUUUUCGGCCCGGACUCCUACCCUACCACCCCCGGAAUUGCCCACCCAGACACACUGCCGCCAGUCAACCUAUCGCUGCUUAAUGGUCGACCCGAAUCGUCGAAUCCUCAAUCCCAAAAUAAUAGUAUCUUAUCCUCACCCUCGAUGGCUCGGCUUCCUAUGCUCAGCGAGAACUCCAUUGUCGGCUUCGAUGCUUCACAACACGACAUAUACGAGCCUCACAGCAGGUCUAGGUCCCAUUCCCCUAUGGAUCUUUCCAGUCCAUCUCCAUCAUUCAAAGUCAUUGUAGGAGGGCGUCUGUCAAUCCCACCUCCAUCCAUUAUAUCAGCUCCUUUCAGUCCCACACGGAACUCUCCUUCCCUCAGCCCUCCCCAUAUCCUGGCUCCACUUGCACCUUCAUCGUCUGAAGGUGGACCUGCAUCCAUAUCGGCUGAACCGUCCCGCAGUGACCCGGAAAUACAAAACAUGGGCAUGCCGCUAGUUGCGUCCCCUGAUGAAAAUCGGUCUGAGAGAUUCGCCAUUCAUUAUCGAGACCCUUUCGAUGAGAUCGACCCACCAGAAUCCAAAGGACCCGAUGAUCCAUCCGUGUCACCGCUCCGAUUCCGGCAGAUGGAAGACACUGUCCAAAGUCUUAAGGUCGAGGUUUCGAAGCUACACUCGCAGAGACGCAAAUACAAAUCACGAUUCAACUCCAACGUUCAAGUGAUUUCUGAGAAACUUGGAGAGUUCGACGAUCGGCUGUUGGAAGUCAAUGCAGAGUACAUCCUCCUGGCGAAUCAGAUCGACAGGAUACAAGAUAUAGAUCUCGCAGAUCUAAACUCCCAUAUUGAAAUGAUCCAGGAAAACGUUGACUCGAUUGCCGAAGAGAGAGAUGAGGAUGCCCAGCAGAGGAAGAACGACAAGGAGGAUGUCCGAGCCACGCUGAACGAAUUUGGGGAUGCCAUUGCAGACUUGAAGUCAUUCAGAGAUGGAAUGAAGAAGGAAGUUGAUGACGAACUUGCCUCAAUGAAAGCCUUACACGAGGCUACCAUGGCCCGCAUAGCGGAACAAGAUGCUCAACACCAACAGACCAAAGAGCUUCUCCGACAAUGUCAGGAAGCUCAAGCCCGUCUUGAAGCGAAGUCUAAUGCGGAAGUUGACGCCGCCCAGACUCCCGUUCUAACGUCGUUGAAGCGAAAGCGUGAUGAUACGGACGAGAACGAGGACGUUGAUGAGCGAGAGACGUGCAAGAGUGAGAACAUGGCGGUCGAUUGCGAGACAAAUGCGGUCGGCCCCGAGGCCUCUACCGGAAGCUCGAGCGACAACGUUAUUGAUGGCAACGCGUUCGCGGCGGAAGGAACUGGCUUGCUUGAGUCGAGCGGUCCGUUGGUCAAGGCUUUCACCGUCGAUGGUCCACCCCCUCGGAAACGAGCGAGGCGAUUCGUCAAGGUCGUUGCCAAGACUGCAACUGCUGUUACCGUUGGCGCUGUCAUGACGUGGUCCGCCCUUGCGUUCAGCUGA